AGUGUUUACCCCGCAGUGGCGUCGCGUGCGCCCGGAGAGCGAGUAGGCGGGCGCGAGCGCGUUAAAAGGGAAAACAAAAACCCCCCGGACUUGUGUGAUGCGGAGUUUUUGUGUUGUGUCCCGCCGCCGUGCCACACAGGCGGCCGGGGAAGGGCUUGAUGUCGCCCAACUCCGGUGUCCCCCGCGGGACAAUGUAGGUCAAUCCAGGCUGGACGACGCGGCCACCGCGAAGGGCUGAAGUGUGAGAGCAUGUCGACCACGGGCAGCGCUCGGCGAGGUACAUGGCGUUUCGGCAGCGUCCACAACCUUCCCGCCCUGUCGGGCCCGGAGGCCCCCGGUGGUGGCCCCGGAGCCCACGCCGGCGUCCCCGAGCAGGGUCGCACGCGCGCUUGGACCCUGCCCACGAAGCCCGUGGCCGUGGUGCCUUCCAGGGGCCUCCUGCUGGCGGUCGGCCCCAGGCUCCAGGGCCUCCAGGACGCGUCGGACCAGCUCAAGGAUGACAGGGACGAAGGGAGCGCUAUCCUCCGAGCGCUGCGACCGGCUCUUACCGUGGCGCAAGUGUUCGGUCUGCUGCCGGUGAGCAAGCCGUCGGACGCGCGGCAUGCGGUUUUCCGUUGGAAGUCGGCGAGGACGGCGCUUGCCGUGACCAUCAUCGUCGGCGCCGUGCUCGAGUCCAUGCUGGCCCUGAUGCGCAUGGUGGAGACGGGUAUCAAGUACAGCACGUCAGUGCACGCCAUCUUCUUCGUGGUCACCUCCGUGGGGCAGAUGCUGUUUCUGCACAUGAGCGGGCAGUGGCACGGCUUGCUCGUGGACCUGGCGCGCGUGGACGGCACAUGCCAGAGGGCGUACGGCGAGCCGGGUCGCCUGCGCGCGCGCACGCUCGCCGUGACUGUGGUGGCGCUCAGCUUGGCCGCAGUCGAGCACACGCUAUCGAUGUUGGGCAGCCUGUACUUCGUGUGGCCGUGCUACCAACGUGGAGGUAUCCUAUUCGUGUGGCAGGGUUACUUUUUGACUAAAUAUCUCAAGACAUUUACUGUGACUGCGUUCGCUACGUGGAAGGCGACGUUGCUUCUGCUCCUGCAGUUCAUCAAUGUUUUCGUCUGGAACUUUAUGGACUUAUUUGUGGCUCUGUUCGCCAUGGGCCUCUCUUCUCGCUUCCGACAAGUCAACGCCGAGCUGCAGGCGACAAAGACAGAGGUGCUGAGCUCGGAGUUCUGGAAGAGCAAGCGAAAACUGUACAACGAACUUGCUGACUUAGUGCGGCGAGUAGAUGACGUCAUUGGUCCUCUGAUACUCGUGUCUUACGCCACUGAUUUAUAUUUUAUCUGCCUCCAGCUGCUGUCGCUUGUCAACCCCUCCGGUGUGUCGGUGUACCACCAGGCCUUCUUCUCCUUCUCCAUGGGUUACCUCAUCCUGAGGAUGACGUUCAUGACACAUGCAGCCGCUAACAUUCAUGAGGAGAGCAGAGGACCAAAAGAAGUUCUCUUCGCUCUGCCUACGGGAGCCUAUUCGGUGGAGGCGGAACGGUUCCUCAUGCAGGUUUUGACUGACAACGUUGCGUUUACUGGUUGCAAUUUCUUUUCAAUAUCCAGGUCGUUUCUCCUGAAGGUGGCGGGGACCAUUGUCACAUACGCCGUGGUCCUUGUCCAGUUUAAUAGCAAGGAGGCGAACCCAGACGCAGCUCAAAGCAACGGCACUAUCUUGUGUACCUGCGAGGACAUCAGUCGGGACUACAAGUGCUAGGGUACAGACUAUAUUGUGUAAACUCUUACUCAUUCACACGAUCAGCUAAUAGAAAUUGUGGUUUUGUUUUAUUGAUCGCCACCAUAGUCAUACAAGAGAAGUUGCCAAAAUAUCAUUCUGCUGUGAUGACACUUUCACAAAUGGUUCCGUAGAACCAUUAUGUGCGCGUGCUACUGUUCCACAUAAUCUUUGUUCAUAAGUGUUCACAAUAAUAAUUGUUAGUUGUGAACAGUUAGACUAGUUCAUGCUUAGUUAUGUAAACAAAAAUUAAAUGCAAGAACAGCACGCGCACAUAGAAGUUCACAACUAGUCAUAACUUAGCAUAAAAAUUGUACAGAAAAAUUAAGAGUGUACUCGUCGACGAAAUUUUAUAUUCACUUUCUCAGUUAGUGUAUUUUUACAAAAAAAUGCUGAAUAAUUUUGUGAACGCCACUUGUACUGUAAAAUAAAAAUUGCAAUGUUUCAAAUAAUUUAGUAGAAAGACUUCUGUCUCGGAAUGUACUCUUUUCUUCUCACCUUUAUUAUUAUAAACU